UGGCGCUUAGUUUGAAGUCUGCCGCCCGUCACGAUACAACGUCCGUCUUAUAGUUCCCUUCAUUUCGAAAGCCCAACGGGAUGAUAAUGUUCUACCGGAAUUCUUCCUACCCAACAGUGUAACAAAGAAUUCACAGUGGUGAUCUUCUCCAAUUUAUACAAGUUUCACGAAGAAUCUGGACCUGCUCAAGUGUUGUUCCAUUUAUUGCUUUUCUUCUUCUUCUUCUUCUAAAAAAACAAAACAUGUCGGCUUAUGACAACGUGUUCCAACGUCCGACGUCGCUCUUCUUCGCGUCGAGCAACAAGUUGAAUCACCCCCACCACAACAACAACAUGAACAGCAUGUUGAACAGUCCCAUCGGCGGAGUGGGUGCCAAUGGCGGCCACAUGAUGAUGAACGCGGCCAGCAGCGGCAACAGUUUGGGCGGCAUGAACGACGUGUUCUCCGACGAGCAAGAGGACCAAAUCGUGCCCGACUGUUCCGUGGCGCCAAAGUUGGACUUGUCGCCGAUGAACGAACCGUGGGUCAACGGCGUCGCGUCCAACGACAGCAGCUGUUCUCACGGUUUCCUCACCACCGCCGUCCACCUGAGUCUCCAAGAGGGAUGCGAUCUGGACGCCUACCUCCUCAGCAAAUUAGAUUGGCCGCAGCAACAAGUCGAUUUACAGCAUCAGGCGGCGGCCACGCCGGCCAACGCGGCCGUGGCCGCGUCCACGGCCGACGAAGACGCCGUGUUGGGGCUGAUGGAUCCAGCGUUGAAAGCGCGUCGCGAGAGCGCCUCUCAGAUCGACGAGUUCUUCGAAGAGGCCGUCGAUGAUGGCGGACGAGGUUUGCUGAUGGGCCUGGCCGAAAGGUUCUCUUCGCUGGCCGAAAGUCGUGACUGGGACGACAUCACGACGAGUCUCAGUAAAAUCGAUCCGGACAACGCGGAGAUGCUCGAACUGGGACAACAACCAGCGGCCAACGGCAAACAGGCAACGCUGUCGCCGGUGAAAAUCGAGCCGAGGGACGACCAUCCGUCGGAGAAUAAUUUCGUCCAGCACGGCCGCCACGCCAGCGGACGAAGCGAUUCCUCUGCGUCUUCGUUUCACCACGUCCAGCAUCAACACCCGGCGACGAUGAUGGCACCCACGUCAUCGUCGUCUUCGCUGGCGGCUGUUAGUAAAGCGGCCCUCAAUCAUCAUUGCAUCCAGCGGUUCAACUAUUCCAACGGGUUUCUGCCGCCCACGCCGCCCAGCUCCGAUCCCGGCUCGCCCAGUCAAGACUCUCCGCAGAGAAACAAACCUCCUCCGCCGCCUUACUCCACUCUGCUCGGCCCUCGGACUAAACAGCCGUCAUCGUCUUCGUCAUCAUCAUCAUCUUGUUCGUCCUCUUCGUCGACGUCAUCCACCAGUUCAACACAAGACACCGACAAACCGCCCACAAUUAAAUAUAAUCGACGCAAUAAUCCCGAACUGGAGAAACGAAGGAUCCACCAUUGUGAUUUCCCCGGAUGCACCAAAGUCUACACGAAGAGCUCACACCUGAAAGCCCACCAGAGGAUUCACACAGGUGAGAAACCUUACCGCUGCCACUGGCCCGAGUGUCAAUGGCGUUUCGCCCGUUCCGACGAGUUGACCCGUCACUAUCGGAAACAUACGGGCGCCAAACCUUUCCGCUGCAAGGUCUGCGAACGUUGUUUCGCCCGAUCCGAUCACCUCGCCUUGCACAUGAAGCGGCACCUACCCAAAGGCUCCAAGUGUUAACAACAAGGAAAAAGAAGAGAGAAAUCAAACAUCUACUAUACGCGUGGUCGUCACGGAAUCGAGUGGAAUUUUUGCGAUUGCAAAAAAACAUGUUUCAAUCGUCUUAAUUAUCACCACCUGAGCCAAACCGAAACCAAAAAAAACAGGGCGGCACUAGGAAAUUCGACUAAUACAAUUGCAUUUCAUCCUCCUCUUUUUUUUUUUUUUUUUUUCUUAUAUGCUGCAAUCUAGUAUAUUAUAAAUAAUUCGAACUGUUUUCAUCA